AUGAACGAAUGCUACUAUGACAAGCGCAUGGACUUUUUCUACAACAGGACCAAGACGGACACAGCGGAUGAGUGGACAGGACCACAGCUCAUCGGUGUUCUAUGCUUUGGGACAUUUUUCUGCCUUUUCAUUUUUAUUUCAAAUUCAUUGGUCAUAGCAGCUGUGGUGAAGAACAGGAGGUUUCAUUUCCCCUUUUACUAUCUUCUGGCCAACUUAGCAGCUGCAGACUUUUUUGCUGGAAUCGCCUAUGUCUUCCUGAUGUUCAACACCGGCCCGGUGUCCAAGACGUUGACGGUCAACCGCUGGUUCUUGCGUCAGGGUCUCCUGGACACCAGCCUGACGGCGUCCCUGGUGAACCUCCUCGUCAUCGCUGUGGAGCGCCACAUGUCCAUCAUGCGCAUGAAGAUCCACAGCAACCUCACCAAGAAGAGAGUCACCUUCUUAAUUAUAUCAAUUUGGGCCAUUGCUAUUUUCAUGGGUGCUGUUCCGACCUUGGGGUGGAACUGUCUCUGUGACAUUACUGUCUGCUCAUCCCUGGCACCCAUUUACAGCAGAAGUUACCUGGUGUUCUGGAGUGUCUUAAACCUGGUUGUGUUCUUCAUUAUGGUGGUGGUUUACAUAAGAAUCUACAUGUACGUCCAGAGGAAAACCAAUGUCUUGUCAUCACACACCAGCGGGUCCAUUAGCCGGAGGAGAACCCCUGUGAAGCUUAUGAAGACUGUCAUGACUGUCUUAGGUGCCUUUGUUGUCUGCUGGACCCCUGGCCUGGUCGUGUUAUUGCUUGAUGGCCUGAACUGUACUGACUGUGGGAUUCAGAAUGUUAAGAGGUGGUUUCUUCUCCUGGCCCUGUUGAACUCUGUCAUGAACCCAAUUAUUUAUUCAUACAAAGAUGAUGAGAUGUGGGCUACCAUGAAAAGGAUGAUUUGCUGCUCCUCUGAGGAUAAGAGCCAGGAGAGACGCUCAUCUCGGAUCCCCUCAACAGUUCUCUGCAGGAGCACGGAUAUGUCGGGCCACUACAUUGAAGAUGGCAUUAUUCAAGGGACAAUUUGUGGAAAGGGAGAUCUUGGUGACAAAGGAAACUCCUGA